AUGGGGGACGAGUCCCGGCAGGAUUCGUUCAACUCUUAUAUCCCCAUAUGGGACGGCAAUGCGGGGUCGAUGCGCAAGUUCAAGAAAUCCGUGACGUUGUGGCUGGCAGGCCUGGACUUGGAGCGCACGGCGUCGUACAACUUAGCCGCCCGUUUUCUUCUUCGGCAGACCGGCGCCGCAAGGGCGCGUGGUGAGGAAGAAGAUAUAGAUACGUUGGCUCACCGACCGGCGGUGGCUGACGUCGUGGGGACGGAGAUCCAGGCUGCCGACUACACGCACGGUGUGUGGCACCUGGUGAAGUGUUUCGAGGAGCUGUGUGGGAAGACAGCUUCCGAAAAGCGAGGAGAGCUCCGGCAGAAGCUCUAUGUGAGCUUGCGCCGCGGCCCCAGUGAGCCGGUCACGAACUUUGCGUCGACCUGGAGAACACUGGUAGCCGAAUGCAUUGCCGAAGGCAUCCCGGUGACCCCUGUCGAGUCUGGAUGGCUCUUCAAGGAGAGGCUUGCCCUUACGGAAAUGCAGCGGCAGGUGGUGGAGACCGCCACCGGCGAGGAACCGGAGUUCGCCGUGGUGGAAAGAGAGGUGCUGCGACUCUUCCGAAGGGUGCACCUCACACGGAGUGAGGCGGCCGGUGGAAGCCACCUUCGCUCCUGGCGCCAGGCCUUUGUGACCGAGGAACGCUACGAGGACGAGACGGAGGAGUAUGAAGACGAGCCUGAAGGAGAGACUGAAGCGUACGAGACAGCAGCUGAGGAAGAGGACGGCGGUGAAGCAGCCGCCGACGAGCUCGAGACCGAGCUAGAGGCGAUGGCCGCAGCACUGGAUGAAGGAGACGACCUGCCGCCAGAGGUGGCGGAAGAAGCGGCCGCGCAUCUGGAGAAUGCGGGGGAAGCUUUGGUGACCCUGCGGGAAGCAAGGCGGCAGAUCGCCGCCAUCCGCAAGGACCGUGGGUACAAAGCCCCCGGAGCCGUCGGCAGCGCCGGCGGAGGAGGACGUGGAACCGCGCCCGGGAAGGGCGCCGGCAGAGGAGUGUGCCACAACUGUGGUCAAGCAGGUGGCCGCUCUCCCAAGCACGUCCACUACACGGAGACUGAAGCCAACGUGGUGGACUUCAUGGACCAUGGUGCCAGCGUAGAAGUGGAUGAGUUUGAGGUGAUGAUGACGCUGGCGGAGGCACUUGAGGUGUCGAGCCUCCCGAAGAGGGGCUCCCCACCCACGUUGCUGGGCGCCAUGGACUCGGCGUGCAACCGGACCUGUGCCGGACCGGAGUGGAUCAAGCAAGCUUUGGCAGCUAUCCCUCCGGAGUACCUCAGCUUGGUCGUGGAAAACCACGAAGCUGAGAGGUUCAGGUUCGGCAACAACCAGACACUGGUGAGCAGCAGGAGGGUGCGUAUCCCUUGCUGUCUGGAAGGACAGGUGAUGCUGCUCUGGGUUUCGGACGUGCCAAACCCGAAGCUUGGCUGUCUGGUGGGCCGAGACUGCAUGGAGGCACUUGGCGCUGUGUUGGACUUCGAGGACCACAUGGCCCGGUUCAAGACCUUGGGUCUGGGACCUCUGAGGCUGCCCCAGCUGAGGGCUGGACACCUGGGUCUCCCUCUUUUCCCGAAGGCAGGUUGGCCAGCGGUCGGAGGCCUUCGCUCCUUUAAGCCGCUAGGCAGAAACGGUGUGGUCGAGCUACAGCUCGGCUUCGGAGCGUGGAUGCGUCUGCGCACAAAGGCGGCUUGGCAGCUGAUGCUUACGGUGUCUGAGUCGUUUGUGUCAGAGCAGGCUGUGGUUGACUCGAGGGCUGCACUCACGUCGACGAGCGUCCCAGUGAGCAAGCCUACCUCCAAACCCGCAGCCGUUUUGCUCGAGAGCCCCAAGACGACGCAGACCCCUAGUGUGAGCCAUGCUCCGCGACCUGGGUCGCAGGUCCGUCGGAAAAUGGCGAAGAAUGGUGGUGCGUUUGCGCGAGCGUUUGGCCUGGCACUGGCAGGGCUUACUGCUGUGGCUGGUGCGCAUGCCUCAACUGCGCUUCGCCCCCUUCCCGUGGAAGUCGGUAACCGGCCCGACGGAAUGGCAAGAACAGUCCGAGGGCAUGGUGCGACGAGGAGCGUGCACACCCGCGCUGUGGAGAACCGCGUGUUCUCAGGAGUGAGUGAGGAACAAGUGCGGUUGCAGCGAAUGCAGCUGGAGGAAGCCAAGAAGGCACAAAGCGAAGUGAAGGAGGUGCGCGAGGAGCGCAUGCGGGCGCUGUUGGGGCCAAGGGGAGGCCUACCGCGCCUGCGAGCCGAGUUGCUCGAGCUGGCGGUGCUGUUGCGGGUGGACAUCGAGGAGAAGGACACUGUGGAAACGAUCCGCAAAAAGGUGACGCCGGUGGCCCGCGCAAUCGCGCUGCCGCCUCCACCGUCACAGGCCAGCUCAAGCUCGGAAGUAACGCGGCCAAAAGCUCCCUCCAGGACCGCAGGACCGAUGGGGUCGGGUUCGGACUUCGGGCCACCAACCCGCCUGGCCGCUCCACCCAUGGAGGAGGAGACGGUGCCAUCGGACGACAGCUUCAGAAUGAUCACGUCGGAGGAGCUGGUCGUGGCACAGGCCACGGCCAAGGCGCUGCGGCAGGCCAGUGCGUCGGCCUCGCCGGCAGCAGUGCAUGAAGCACUCCAAGUGCUAGCGAAUGCAGAGGAGGCAGCUGCAUUCCACGACUGCUUUGUGCAAGCAGCUGAUUCGGAAGUCGCUGCUCAUUUUGAGCGGCGUGGGCACGGAACCCGUGCUUACUGUCCGGAUGCCUACGGCCACGUCGGCGUAUUCCGUGCCAAACGCGGCGCGGUGGACCGUCAAGCGCUCGAGAACUGGAUGGUUGGUGCUGCCAGUCUGCGAGCGGAGGACCGGCCGGUUGUACUUUGUCUGGUUGGCCCGGCGCAAACCUGGCGCAAGGCGGUGCAACCAUGGCUCGGGCCAGACCUGGGUCUGGAAGCCGUUGGUACCGCAGGUCUUGUCCUUAGCAACCUGCCGGCCGUCCUGGAUGGUGCCCGCGAUGGGCGCUAUGCCACCUUCUGGCACCUUCGACGUGCCCUUCCGCGACUUUUCGAGCGACGUUUCGACUCCUUUCACUCUACCCUGGCCGUCGACCAACAAAACAAUUUAGAUGGGGGUGAGAGUCGUGCGUUCGAAAACUCGCCGGACACUGCAGGGGAACCGCCUGCUGGAGGCCUACCGUUUCCCUUUCGUGCGGUCGAAAACUCACCGGACACUGCAGGGGAACCGCUGGAAGGUCAGGAAGAGCAGGAGGAAAUGGACGCCCUGGUCAAGGACGCGCCUAAGCCGACGAAGGAGAUCGUGCAGGCCGUGGCAAAGCUUCACCGGAACACGGGCCAUGUCUCCAAGCGAAGACUGGCCAGAGCUUUGGCUGUUUCCGGGGCCCCGCCCGUGGUUAUCAGAGCCGCUCUGGAGCUUCGUUGCGAGAUUUGUGCCGAGGAGGCACGGCCGAAGACGCGGAUGCCCGCGAGCCUUCCAAGGGCUUCGCACUUUGGAGACCGGGUGCAUGGUGACUUGUUCAGCUUCAAGGACGGAGCUGGACAAACUCGGUGGGUGGCCCACUGGGUGGACGUGGCAACGCGCUACCAGGCGUGUUCCCUUCUCCGAAGCAAAACUGCUCAGGAGGUCGGUGCCACUCUUGCAGAGUGGACGCGGAUCUUCGGAGCGCCCAAGACGCUGGUGGUGGAUAUGGGACCGGAGUUCGUGGCUGAGUCCUUCCAGGACCUCUGUGACUUCUACGACACGGUUCUACACCAUAUACCGGUCGAGGCGCCUUGGAGAAACGGCGUGGCCGAGCGAGCAGGAGCUUCUACUAAAGCGGUGCUUCAGAGGCUGGUGAAGGAGUACCUGCCGGUGACUGAGGUUGAUGUGUCUCAGGUUGUGACCGCCGCGGCGGGCGCAUACAAUGACGACAUCAACGACUCGGGCUACUCGCCUUCCCAGGCAGUCUUUGGACGACAGCCCAAGAGCUUUGCAGACUGCUUAGACCCGGGUCUGGCCCAGACGGCGCUGACCAACGAGCCUUCGUUCUGCCGGGCCUUGGCGAUCCGGGAAACCGCGAGAGUGGCUAUGCUUCGGCUGCACUACUCGCAGGCGAUGAGCAAGGCCUUGCUGGCCCGCUCAAGAGCCCCACACCCUGAGCACUACAAUGCGGGUGACGUGGUGUACUUUUACCGGCGACAGAAGUCGAAGCCUGGAAAGAAGCUGCAGCUGAAGGCUUGGCAUGGGCCAGCCUUGGUCGUGGCCAUGGAAGGGCCCGACGAGAACCAGCUGAGCGCCCACAUAGCGCACCGGGGCAACGUGAUGAAGGUUGCCAUUCAGCACCUGCGGAAGGCCUCAGCCCUGGAAAGGCUGGCGGCCACUGACUGGGCCCCUGCCCUGCAGACCGUGCUCAACGAGGUGACAGACGCCCCGGAGCCGGUGCCUACGGAGACAACCGCGGACCCCGCGGACACACCUGCGGAGGAAGUUCCCGCCGGUAAUGAGUCAGGACCGUCGCCAGUGGUGGUAGUGGUCCCCGGCCCCGGUGGAGGAAGCCAACCUUCCUUGAGCCUGCCCCCAGGUUCGAGAAGGCCCUCGUUGUCGUCACUGGCGCCGUGGGAAAAGGAGUCGCACAGUGUCUACCCACGAGUUUGUGAGGAGCGACCCGCUUCGAAAGCCAAACCCCUCGGGGAGCCUGUGGUGGGCGAACCGAUGGAUGGUACAUCCGAGGCCUUGGGCCUACGUGAAGCUGCUGUGGAAAGCGCGGCGCCCAGUGCGCCGGAACUGGUUCCCAUACUAGAGGAAACCGUGGGAGAGAGCCCGGAAGCCCAGAGCUCUCCUGUGGACGAGUCGACCUCGGCUCCUGUGAGCCCCUUUGACCACCCUUUGGUGAGGCUCAUGGAACAGGUGGUGGAGGACCGCCACACUGGGUAUGAGGACAUGCGCUGUGGCACGUGGGACGGACGCUGGCCCACGCCCAGCGAGGUCCAAAGGAAGCGGCUACAAGCCACCGGGGAUCUCAUGACCCUUCCGGUGGAGAGUGAGGCCUGCCUCGCUUCUGCGGGGAAGGAGAUCACCUGGAGCCGCCUGGACGUCAAGACCAAGGACGCUUUUCAAAAGGCAGCUGACGAGCAGUGGCAGAAGUGGACCGAAAACGGCUCAGUGCAGGAACUGAGUGUGGAGGAAAGCCGCCGUGUGCAGGCGGACCUCAAGCGGAGUGGGAAGUCCGGCGACUUGCUCACGCCUCGGUGGGUUCUGACAGACAAGAACGCGGCACUGUCAACCCCGGGGAAUCCGCUUCCAGCCAAACCCUCAGCGAGACUGGUGGUGCCGGGGUUUAAGGACACGGCACACCUUGAGGGACGGCUGAGAACAGAUGCCCCCACCGCCUCGAGGAUCGCGAUCCUGCUCUUGUGCGCGGUGGCGGCACACUUCCCGUCCUGGGAGCUGGUGUCGGCGGACGUCAGAGCUGCCUUUCUCAAAGGCGAUGCUUACAUGGCGGGAUCCCGCACCUUGUACAUGCAGCAACCAGACCGGCGGAAGGGUCCCUCUCUGCCAGGCGUGAGGUUCGGUGUGAUCUUCCGCGUCCUGAAGGGAGUCUUUGGACUCGCGGAUGCGCCACGGCAAUGGUAUUUGCGUCUGUGUCGCACUCUUCAGGAGCAUGGAUGGGUCAAGAGUGCACUUGAUGGUGCUCUCUUUUAUCUUCGUGCCCCCUCUGGCGAGCUUUUGGCUCUGAUGGUGGUGCACGUGGAUGACCUGCUCUUUGCCGGGUGCAAAGCGGCCCUGGAGAUCCUCCGAAAGAUCGGGAAGGAACUGGGAUUCGGUGCGCUCUCGCACUCGGAUUUCCAGUACUCAGUACUGUGGACGCCGAAUCCGAUCAGCAUGGUUGAGUACCACGAGAACCUCCACGUGCCCGUUGUCUCACGCGCCGACCGCAAGGACUUGGAGCGAGCGCUCGGUCCCAGCGAGGUCCGACGGCUGAGGACCGUCGUAGGCAGCCUGCAGUGGUUAGUCAGCCAACUGCGCUUCGACCACGGCUUCGCCUUGAGUUCUUUACAGAGCGAGCAGCCGCCCACCGUGGGAACCUUACUGAAGGCGGCGCAGCUUGCCCGGGAGCUCAAGAACGACGCCCACUUUACCCUUACGUACCGCCCGGUCGACGUGUGGAAAGGUGGACUAGUGACUGUAUCGGAUGCAGCGCUGGGAAACGUGAAUGCCGACAAGACAGUCAAGGGGAACCUCAAGCUGUUCUCCCAGGGCUGUUACGCCGUGCUACUUGCCGACGAGGAGUUGGUGAAGGGCCGCCGUGGGGUGUUCAACCUCCUCAACUUUCGGUCGCACAAGAUCGCCCGGGUCUGCCGUUCGUCUUACGCGGCGGAAACCUUGGGAGUCGAGGAAGCGCUCGACGCAGGGGAACUGUGUCGCGCGUUCCUGGCGGAAGUCCGAGGAGCGUCCCUCCUGCGGGACCGUCGGUCCGUCUACAGCGUGCCGUUGGUGGCAGUCACCGAUGCCAAAGACGUGCAUGACCGCUGUAGCAACGACCUUGGCUUUGGCGCCCAAAAGAGCUUGGUACUGACGUUGGCUUCGCUUCGUCAACAGCUCAGGGAGCCGAAUACGGCCAUGAGAUGGACCCACACCGACAACUUGUUUGUCGAUGGAGGUACGAAAGAGAUGGAUUCCGGAGCUCUGCGUACUGUGCUGUCCCGUGGGACGUGGAGUAUAGAGCACGAACCGGAGUUCGUCAAGUCCAAGAAGGGCAAAAAGAAGCCGGCUCCAACGACGGAGAGUGUGGACCAGGCCCUGCCUGGAGAGCCUCUGCCAGACGGCGACCUGAAGAACUACGUCACCAGGCUAGCCCGGCAACCCGGCUGGCACUCGGAAGACGGUGUCUUGGUACAGGUGGCUGAAGGAGCUAAAAGCUUCAGAUGCCCGGAGCCCCGAGCCUCAAGGCUUGCGAAGCCUCUUCGGACUACGAUCGGCCUCUUCGAAGUCGGCAAGGGACAGAUGCAGUGGCGUAUCCUCGAGCUUGAUGCUUUGUACAGUGAGGAGCCACAGCCUAAUGGCAAGCUACCCCGGCCUUCUGUGACUUUGGUCACCUUCUUUCAGGGCCAAAAUCUGCAUCCCGUCGCUGAGGAUGGUGUGAAGGACAAGUUCGGCAGAUUCCUGGUCUUCUGGAUCGCGCAGGGCAUGUGGGUGAUGCUGAUCUCCAUGCCGAACCUUUUCAUCAACUCGUCCAGCGUGAGCAGGCCCCUCAACUGGUUCGACUGGCUUCUUGUGGCUGGUUUCGCCUAUGCAGUUGCCGUCGAAAUCUUGGCGGACAUCCAGAAGGCCAACUGGGUCUCGGCUGGCCGACCCGGCGGCUUCUGUCAGGUCGGUGUUUGGAGCCUCUCCCGGCAUCCGAACUACUUCGGCGAAAUAUUUCAGUGGUGGUGCGCCUUUGCGCUGGCAUACAAUAGCUCAGAGGCUUCCUCCGGCUACAUGGAUCCCCUCUGGUGGGCUUGCAUCUUGUCCCCCUUAUUCACGAUGCACAUUCUGCUGAACAUUGGUGCAACUGGUAUUUCCAAUGCGGAGGGUAAGAACCUCAAGCGCUAUUACGAGAAGUGCCCUGAGGAGUAUGCAGAGUACCGGAAGAAUACCUCCAUUCUCAUUCCGAUGGUGGGCUACAGACAUAUUCCGCUGAGCGUCAAGAGGACGCUGCUUUUCGAGUUCGAGCGCUAUGAAUAUCGUCCUGGAGGAGGGUCUGAAGUCAAGACAGACUGA